AUGACAGAUACGUUUAGUUCGAUCAUACAACUUGCCAUGUUGCAGUUGGUGGCAAUGUCGGCCACUACAGCAAUCGCUCUUGACAAGAUAGACUGUGAUAUGAGUACCGUCACCGACUAUGACCCAGCUUAUAUAAAAAGUUUAUUUGAACCGUUUGUUGGGCGAUUAAACGAAGAAGUCACAAAGACAUGCUUGGAACUGGGUAUUACAGCCACUGAAGUCGUCUACAUCCUUUGCACCUUGGUGUGGCAUGUAGAAGGUAAAUAA